CAAAGUCGCACGCAGUGCACGAGAGCAGCUGAUUCCCCUGUCGUCUUAUCUUCCCUCCUCCGGUCCCUUCUCUCUCUCCCUCAGUCUUCCCAUGCUCGAAAGCUACGUGAUGAUAUAAGAAAUCGUUAAUUCCCAAAAACUCUCUCUCACUCCAUUUACCACUCGGUACUGUAUCUGAAGCUUAACAAUCACAGUUCCAAUAGGAGAAACAUUACUGGUAUGGCUCUGAAUUUGGUAUCCCCAACUGAAAUCAAGGGACUUUCGUUCUUGGACUCCUCUAAAUCCAACCAUCAUCCUCUUAAGCUUCAAGGUAGGUUUUCUUUGAAGAAGAAGGACUAUGGAGCUACAUUUGGAAAGAGAAUUCAUUGUUGUGCUCAGCAGCCUCCUCCAGCAUGGCCUGGACGGGCUGUUGUGGAACCAGAUCGUAAAACUUGGAAUGGCCCGAAGCCCAUAGCCAUUGUUGGAUCAACUGGUUCUAUUGGAACUCAGACAUUGGACAUAGUUGCAGAGAAUCCAGAUAAAUUCAGAAUUGUGGCUCUGGCUGCAGGUUCUAACGUGACUCUUCUUGCUGAUCAGGUCAAAACAUUCAAACCUCAAUUAGUUGCUGUUCGGAAUGAAUCAUUAGUUGAUGAACUCAGAGAGGCUUUGGCUGAUGCUGAUUACAAGCCUGAAAUUAUCCCUGGAGAGCAGGGUGUCAUCGAGGUUGCUCGCCAUCCAGAUGCUGCUACUGUAGUCACAGGGAUAGUAGGCUGCGCUGGUUUGAAGCCUACAGUGGCAGCAAUUGAAGCUGGCAAAGACAUUGCCUUAGCCAAUAAAGAGACACUGAUUGCCGGGGGUCCUUUUGUCCUUCCUCUUGCGCGCAAGCAUAAAGUAAAGAUUCUUCCAGCUGAUUCAGAGCAUUCUGCUAUAUUCCAGUGUAUUCAAGGCUUGCCAGAGGGUGCUCUUAGGCGCAUUAUUUUAACUGCAUCAGGUGGCGCUUUCAGGGAUUGGCCUGUUGAUAAAUUGAAAGAUGUUAAAGUGGCUGAUGCGUUGAAGCAUCCUAACUGGAAUAUGGGGAAAAAAAUUACUGUCGACUCUGCUACCCUCUUCAAUAAGGGUCUAGAAGUUAUUGAAGCGCACUAUCUUUUUGGGGCUGAAUAUGAUGAUAUUGAGAUUGUUAUUCAUCCCCAAUCUAUCAUACAUUCAAUGAUUGAAACACAGGAUUCAUCUGUGCUGGCACAACUCGGGUGGCCUGAUAUGCGUUUGCCAAUCCUCUACACAUUAUCUUGGCCGGACAGGAUUUACUGCUCUGAGAUUACUUGGCCUCGCCUUGAUCUUUGCAAGCUUGCGUCACUGACUUUUAAAGCUCCUGACAAUGUGAAAUACCCAUCCAUGGAUCUCGCCUAUGCUGCUGGACGGGCUGGAGGCACCAUGACAGGAGUUCUCAGUGCUGCAAAUGAGAAAGCUGUGGAGUUGUUCAUCGAUGAAAAGAUCGGCUACCUGGAUAUUUUCAAGGUUGUAGAGCUAACAUGUGAUAAGCAUCAGGCAGAGUUGGUGGUAUCACCUUCUCUCGAGGAAAUAGUACAUUAUGACUUGUGGGCGAGGAAGUAUGCCGCGAGCUUGCAACCUUCAUCUGGUUUGACUCCUGUUCCUGUAUAAGCAAGUUUUUGUCCGUUGUGCCCCAGGCAAUGAUGGUAGUGUUGAAAGAUCGCGUUUCUACACUGCUUUAGGGCAUGAAGCAAUUGUGUCAUAAUUUUCAUAAUGAGAAAUGCGAGCUUCUCUGUAUUCUUCA